GUAACUUGUUUGCGGCACUUGUGGUGGAGUGCAAGUGCCGUAAAGUAAUUUGUCCGUACACAUGGUUCAGUAUGGAGGCAAAACCAAAAAAGAAAUCGUUUAAUUCAAGAGAUGGAAAGAAAACAACAUUCAAAACAAAAGGCAAACCUGGAGGAAAACCAACUGGCAAACGGCCCUUUAAACCUCACAGCUCAGACAGAGUGAAGAGUUUUAAAAAAUCAGGGGGAGAUGGACCACCACAGAAAUUCAACAGAAAACCAACAGACGGCAAGUUCCCAAAGAAGAGGAAACAUCCUGAUGGGAAAGGAAAACAGGAGGAAGGCUCUGAAGGCAAAAAACCCAAAUGGGAUGAAUUCAAACAAAAAAAGAAAGAGCUGAAACAGAAUCGCCAACAGACUGAAAAAAAGGAUAGUUACCAGAUUGUAAACAGAGCAAAGCAAGUGUGGGAAAUUGUAAGACGGAAAGAUUGUGAUAAGGACAAGCGAGCCAAACUGAUGAAAGAACUACAGAAUCUUGUGCGCGGCAAAAUAAAAAUGAUUGCAUUUGCUCAUGAUUCGACGCGAGUGCUGCAGUGUUUUAUUCAGUUUGGCAAUGACAAGCAAAGACAGGAGGUGUUUGAUGAACUCAAAGAUCACUUUGUAGAGUUAAGCAAAUCAAAAUACGCCAGAAACAUUGUAAAGAAGUUUCUAAUGUAUGGGAAUAAACAGCAGGUGGGGGAAGUGAUGUUGACUUUUAAGGGGAAGGUCAGACAGAUGCUCAGACAUUCGGAAGCAUCUUCAGUGGUGGAGUAUGCUUACAAUGAUAAAGCCAUCCUCUCUCAGAGACUCAUGCUCACUGAAGAGCUCUAUGGAAACACAUUCCAAGUCUGCAAGUCCACAGUUUGUCCUACAUUAGAGAAGAUUUUGGAGAAUAGUCCAGAGAAACUGGAGAGCAUCAUGGAGGAGAUGAAGCAGAUCCUCACACCAAUGGCACAGAAGGAGGCUGUCAUUAAACAUUCACUGGUCCACAAAGUUUUUCUGGACUUCUUCGAGCAUGCACCAGCCAAACAGAGAACAGAGAUGAUCGAGUCCAUCAGAGAGGCAGUAGUAUAUAUGGCACACACACAUGAUGGAGCCAGAGUCACAAUGCACUGUUUAUGGCACGGCACACCCAAGGACCGCAAAGUUAUACUAAAAACGAUGAAAACGUACAUUGCAAAGUUCGCAAUGGGUGAAUAUGCUCAUCUUGUUCUAUUGGCAGCCUUUGAUUGCAUUGAUGACACCAAGCUGGUUAAACAAAUUAUUAUCUCAGAAAUGCUUAGCACCUUGUCUGAAAUAAUCAACAAUAAACACGGUAAAAAAGUGCUGCUUUACCUUCUGACCCCGAGAGACCCAACCCACAUCUUACCUGAGAUCAUUAAGGUGCUUGAAAAAGGUGACGGCAAUGCACACAGUAAGAAGGAUGUAGCGAUCAGGAGGAGGGAGCUGUUGGAAGCUGUGUCUCCACAUCUGCUGCAGUAUCUGUGUGAGAAUGCUCGCUCUAUGGUCAUGGAUAAAGCUAGCAGUGUUGCCGUGAGGGAUAUCCUCGGGGCCGCCAUCGGAGAUCUCAGACCUGCUAUGGAGGCUGUGGCAGCCCUGGCAGCUGAACCUUUUGUACCAGGCAAAGAACAUAGCCAGCUCCAUAUGGCAGAACACCCUGCUGGGCAUCUGGUCUUGAAAUGGCUGAUUGAACAAGAUGCCAAGAUGAAGGAGGCAGAGAGAGAGGAGUGUUUUUCCAGGAUUCUUUUGGAGAAGGUUGGAAUAGAGAAGCUCAAGACAUGGGCUUUAGUCAACCGUGGUGCCAUUGUUCUAUGUUGCCUUAUCCACAGUGCAGAUAAGACUGUUGCUGAAGAAGUGAAAGUUGCACUGAAAUUCAUCCUUCCUGAACUACAGAAGAUCCAGAACUCUAAAGGAGUCGAGGUGCUGCUUGAGAGACUGGCCUGAGGUGGUCACACAAAUCACAAGAUUUGGUUUCAUAAAUUUUUGUUAUUCAUUGUUUUCUCCUUCAUCUGGAUUUUUACUUGUGAAUUUAUAUGCUGAUGUAUGUAAAAAAUAAAAUACAAGAAUAACUGGA